GGCCGUCGUAUGGUGUUUCGUUGUAUUUAUUUUUAGUUAUGAGGUACCUUUAAUCAAUAAAUAGGUUUGAAACUAUCAACAUAGGCUUUUAUGCAAUGUUCACUAACAACUGAGCUGCAGAACAGUCUUGAAUGCGACUUGAAAGUGACUGUUUACACUACGAUGGUGACUGUUGUGGAGCUGCUGAGUCUCCUGCUGGUGUCGGUGCUGUGGGGCUGCACCAACCCUUUCCUGAAGCGAGGCACAGAAGGGAUAGAAAAUGUCCAACACUCCAACAGAGUCUCACAGCUGCUGGCUGAGGUCAAGUUUUUAUUCCUUAACCUCAAGUAUCUGGUCCCAUUUCUGCUGAACCAGAGUGGCUCUUUGGUCUACUAUUAUACACUUUCCACCACAGAGUUAUCUCUUGCUGUUCCUGUGGCCAACUCGCUCACCUUCCUCUGCACACUGCUUACUGGAAAGUUACUGGGCGAAGAGUUUGGAGGCAAACAGGCUGUCGCUGGAAUGUUCCUCACCAUGGCUGGCAUCACUUUGUGCGUUAUAAGCUCCAUUCACGGCAAAGACACUGGGAAGCAAAAUAUGACACAGACUGCACACUAACUGAGACAAGGACUAAAACAAACUCUCCUUUACCUUCAAGUGAUUCCGUAGCGGGGGAGGAAGGACCGAGCAGGGCUAGAGGGGGCAAUUUAGAUUCAGACAGCGACUCCUUAGAGAGCAACGGUACUGCUGGGAGAAUUGUGCCUAAAUGAACUCAGCGUGAGCUUCAAAAGACCUGUCCAGAAACUUUCACACCAAGUUGAAGGGGAAGUGGGUUCAUGUAGGGUUCACCUCAAGGCUAGACUAGAUUUACGGUGCUCGUAUAGAAGUUGGUGGUUGUUAACUUUUCUUUUAAGCACUCUGCUGCUCCGCCAUGUGACUGGCAUCUGAAUAAAUGCUAUAGAGACCACAUACAAAUAAGGCUGCCGUAUAAAAUGGACCAAUUAGAUCUAACCUCCUGGUUUAAUGGGGACAUUUUAUAGCAGCCUUCUGUCCACUGCGGUGUUUAAGGAAGAGCAGAACACAAGGACAAACUGCUGUUUAGCUUGAGGAUAAACCUUUUGAAUGAACUUGUUUUCUCUGCUGUCUUGUAUACAUGAUGCAUUACAGAGGUAAAUAUACCACUGUAACUUUCUUAAAGGGUAACUUUGGUAUUUUUCGAUUUGGAUGCCUUUCCCCAAGUUUUUUUUUGUCUAAGUUGUUAUUGGACACAACAAUUUUUGAAACUGGUCCAAUAUUGGAGAGCGCUGCAGCAGUAAAGAAGGCUGCAAUGUAACCACUCAGGGCAUUUGUCACCUCGUCAGUGAAUAUCUACUAAAUGUGCUUGUUUUAGUACUGACAAGCAGUGUUUGCCAACAUUAUGGAAAUGAUACCUACAGAGAAAGUUUAUUUUGUUAGAUUAAAUGACAUUUUGUUUCACCAGGGACAGCCCUGAGAUGGCUGCUGCCAAAUCCACCAAACGCCAUAUAAAUAAACAGCACUUUUAGUGGGCUUUCAGCAGGCGUAGAGCCAGCAUAUUUUCACAUCUAACUGGGUGAAUUAAGGGUUUAUUGUGACUAAACCAGAGUUAAUGAUUGUUGAAAGAGUAGAAAGAUGACCCAGGACAACUUUGGUGAGUUUUACUGUUUCUGUUUACUUUGAAAAAAGUGUUUUUUAUGAUAAUAAAAUCACAGUUUAUUUAAAUGAAGUAUGGCAAUAACGAUUUCAGUGCUGUUUCUGGUUAAUCUGGUCUUCCUUUAAAAAAAAAAAAACCUAUCUCCAUGAGGAUCUUUUCUAUAAUGUUUUAAGGCACUUAAAAUAACAACCUGAGCGUGUCAGUGGCAAAAACAAAAACUUUUAGUGGACAUACAUUGGUGGUGUGUAUAUGCCCUGAGUGGUAACAUUGCAGCCUGCUUUGCAGCUAUUGACUGCAACACUCACUGUCAGUACUGGACAUAUUUCAAAAAUUGUUGUUCUCAAUAGUCACUCAGUCACAAAAACAUUGGAAAAUAGAAGUUUGAAAAACACCAACAUUGCCAUUUAACUGUGAAGGAAGAUUAACGAGAACUUGGUUUUAAAGAGAUCUGUACAAAUUUCAGAGACAACAUUAAUGUACAUAGUAAUAUAUAUUUUUAUUGUCACAGUAUUUAUUUGACACAAAACACUGUACAGAUGACUGUGUUAUUUUUGCGCAUAUUCGGCUGAUGAUGUGGCUGAUAUUUUAUUAAUAAAUUGUUGGCAAAACAAGACUUUUGAUGUCAUGAUCUCCAUCACAAAUUAGACGUCACAUUUAGCUCAAAAUGUCCCAAAAAUAUCGUUUCUUAUGUACAUGUUGUACAUGGAAUAAAUUGCAUCAACAUCUAUGCAAAAUCUGCAUGAGAAUUAUCCCUGUAAAACAGGUUAGACACAGUAUCAUAAACAGCUGCACAAUACAACUCUAACUUUAUAAAGUUUAUAGUAUCAGACUGUGUAAUCAUGUGCGAGUUCAGGAUUGUAUUGCAUUGUACAAGAGCUUAUGAUAGCGUGUCAUUCUCCUGUACUGUCUGUUCUUAGUUUGUCUGAACAUCUUCACAUUAUUAACAAUUUUCUAAAAGUAACAACACAUUUAAGUUGUUUCUUGGCUCAUUACCACAGUUUAAGUACUACAAACAUGGACGGAUCAUUAUGAGACAAUGGGCCCCUGGGCACAGACAUGCAGAAGGCCCCACCACCUCUUAAAUAUAGGAGCAGAAUUCACAGACUUUUUAGACUCUUUUUUUUCUAUGCAUCUCUUUGUAGUCGCUAUCUCUCUGGAGUUUUGUGUCAGAUUGUAGUUUUUUUUUUAUGUGUCUGUUGUGUCUGUGUCUAUUUUGUCCCUUUUGUGUGUCUUUGAAGUUGUUUUGUUUCUCUUUGAGGUCAUUUUGUGUCUCUUUGUAGUUGUUUUUUAUCUCUUUGUAAUCAUUCUUGUCUCUGGGCAUUAAGCGUCUGUCUAGUCUUAUUAUGUUUCUUAGUGGUCAUUUUGACACUGUAGUCCUUUUGAAUCUAUUUGUAGUUGUUUGGCAUCACUUUGUAG